ACUCUCUGGGGCUCAGGAAAAUAAUCCAAGAACAGUACUUUGAAGAUCUAACGUGAAGCAAUCUCCGCCAUCUAAAAGUUCCAGGAAGAGUGAAAAUCUCGAGUUGGGUUUUCUCAAAGUCACAAGCUUUCGAUUUGGGUUUCAUUGUACGAAGGCAGCUAGAGAUCGUGUGAGAUCUGGUUCCUCAAGCCUCGCAAAAGGGUCUCUCUCUGUGUUCAGUUCUGAAAACAAAAAAAAACUGAAGAGAACAGCAGCAAUGUGGAGUUUGUCGGCGAGUCUACUGUUACCGACAAGGCUCAAACCAGGUUAUUCAGACAAACGGAGCAACUCACUCCUUGUCUCGAAUGGAAGAUCCAAAAGGAAGAACCAAUGCAUUGUUCCCAUGACAAGAUUGUUUGGACCAGCGAUCUUCGAAUCAUCCAAGUUGACAGUAUUGUUUGUAGGGGUUGAUGAGAAGAAGCAUCCACCAACGCUCCCAAGAACUUACACACUCACUCACAGUGACAUUACUGCUAAACUAACUUUAGCUAUCUCUCACUCAAUUAACAACUCUCAGUUGCAAGGGUGGGCAAAUAAGCUAUACAGAGAUGAAGUGGUAGCAGAGUGGAAGCAAGUGAAAGGCAAAAUGUCGCUUCACGUUCACUGUCAUAUCAGCGGUGGACAUAUCCUUUUAGAUUUAUUCGCAAAGUUUCGAUACUACAUCUUUUGCAAAGAGCUACCUGUUGUGUUGAAGGCUAUAGUUCAUGGAGAUGGGAACUUGUUGAACAACUAUCCAGAGUUACAAGAAGCUCCUGUUUGGGUUUAUUUCCAUUCUAAUGUCGAUGAGUUCAACAGAGUCGAAUGUUGGGAAGCUACUUCACCUGAUGAUGGUCACAGGACUCAGUCUCUACCUGAGCCGCCGUGCAAGGAUGAGUGCAGUUGUUGUUUCCCACCGGUUAGCUCUAUUCCGUGGUCACAUAGUCUUAUUAAUGAAGAUGCUAAAGGUUAUUAUGGUGAGGGAAUGUCUACUCCUAAUCCGGAGAAACUCUAAUGAAAAAAAAAAAAUUUUGGUGGUUUGUAAAUUGAAUGAUAUUGAAGAUUAUUCCUUUCGGUGGAUCUAAUAUUGGUUUGGUUUGGUUUGGUGUA